UAGCGAAAAAAAAUCCCGGGUCGCCAAAUCUGCCCCCUCGUUCUGCCCCCCCGGCGGGGCAGGGGCUUGGGUGGCCGCACCUGGGGGGGACGCCCGGUGCAAAGGCCCGGGGGCUGCAAUUACAGAAGGGGGGAAAAGCCCAGCUGGGCCCGGGGGGGCGCUGCUUGCUCCCUCCCCCCUUUUGUGCGCGCAGCAACCUCCGCUCCUGCCGCUGUGAGAUGAAUUUUUAAUUAUUCCCAGGGAAAGAGAAAAAAAAAGCAACGCCAAAGAUCGGCCCGGGCAGGGGGCGAGCGGGUCCCGCAGCGCCGCGAAAUGUGUGAAGGAGCAAAAGGGAAAAAAAUGCAAACACUACUACAGAUCUGUGGAAUGUCUGCUAAAUGAGAUCCAGCCCACUCCUGAGCUGCCGAACGUGCACACAGGUGCCCCAGUAAAUAGUGUGCGUAGUUUCUGCAAUAUGUGACCCAUCAGACAUUUCCACUUUCCUCUUCCUGCAACCAAUCAUGAACACUGAAACUGUUCCCCCACAAGAAGCAUCUCUGACUGUUAAUGAACAGGUGAUUGUGAUGUCGGGACAUGAGACAAUCAGGGUGCUGGAGGUGGGGGUGGACGCUCCGCUCCCCGUGGAGAAUGCAGGGAAAAGUUUGGAAAAAACAACAGCAACAACAACGUCAGUGGGAGGAGAAGGUCCUGUGAGCUGCCCUCCAGAGCCCAGUGAAACAGGGAGGGAAGGAGUACAACAAAACACAGAGAAGACACAAGGCGAUUCGGGUGGUGAAGUAAAGGCAUUACCGGAAAUAACGCCAACUCCUGCACCUGUCCCAGGAGUCAUUCCCUUCAGCCAAGUGACAAGCCAGCAAACACAAACGCUAACACCUGUCACAGUGCAAGCCACGCCACAGGUCUUGACUCAGGAAAACUUAGCAACAGUUGUGACAGGCGUAAUGGUUCCAGCAGGGGCAGUUACUCAACCUCUUCUUAUCCCCAUCAGUAUUGCAGGUCAAGUGGCAAGUCAGCAGGGGCUGGCUGUGUGGACAUUUCCUGCAGCAACGGUCGCUGCCCUUCCGGGACUGACAGCCGCCUCUCCUACUGGGGGAAUUUUCAAAUCACCUAUAGCCAAUCUGCAAGCUGCGGCAGUGCUGAACACAGCAAUACAAGCUCCUUUGCAGCCAGCACACACUAUUCAGGCUCCACAAACGGUUCAGCCACGGCCACCGCCGGUUCAAACACAGACCGUGUUCCAGCCUCAGACCCAGCCGCCCAUUUUGCCACAGGCUACAACCGCUUCAACACCACCUGUCGCCAAGCCACUGGAAGCGCAAACGCAGAUCACGGUUCAGCCAGCGGGAUUUGCAUUUAACCCUGGAAUACUCAGUGCGGCGUCUCUUGGGGCCCCCACCCAGCUUCUGAGUUCCCUGGCUGCUACGCCAGUGAUUGCAAACACUAUUCCCAGCGUGCAAGGGAUAACGGGACAGAUCCUGACAAAUGCACAGGGGCAGGUCAUUGGAACUCUUCCAUGGGUGGUGAACCCAGCUGGCAUCGCCACGGCAAACCCUGCCCCUGCCACGUUGCCAGUCCAGAAUCUGCAGGUACAGGCAGUGACUCCGCAGCUGCUGUUAAAUGCCCAAGGCCAGGUCAUUGCCACCUUAGCCAGUAGUACCAUCCAGGCAGCGACAGCCAUCAGGAAACCAAGCACUCCAGAGUCUCCAGCAAAGAGCGAGGUCCAGCCCAUUCAACCUGCCCCGACCUUAACUCAGCCAGCGGUGGUCAUCACUAGCCCUCCCCCAGCAAGCAAACUCAGUUCUGCUCCUGUCCCCAUCACCUGCUCAGAGACCCCGACUGUAAGCCAGCUGGUUUCCAAACCUCAGCCUCCAAACAACAGUAGCGACGAAGAUGGAAUAAACUUAGAGGAGAUACGAGAAUUUGCUAAGAACUUUAAGAUCCGACGCCUGUCUCUGGGUCUAACGCAGACGCAGGUGGGCCAAGCUUUAACUGCAACUGAAGGACCUGCGUACAGCCAAUCUGCCAUAUGCAGGUUUGAAAAGUUGGACAUCACCCCCAAGAGUGCCCAGAAGUUAAAACCGGUGCUGGAAAAAUGGUUGAGCGAGGCAGAGUUGCGGAACCAAGAGGGCCAGCAGAACUUGAUGGAGUUUGUAGGCGGCGAGCCUUCCAAGAAACGGAAACGCCGCACGUCGUUUACGCCGCAAGCCAUCGAGGCCCUCAACGCUUACUUCGAGAAAAACGCCCUGCCGACAGGUCAGGAGAUCACAGAGAUUGCUAAGGAGCUCAAUUACGACCGCGAAGUGGUUCGGGUUUGGUUCUGCAACCGGCGGCAGACGCUCAAAAACACCAGCAAACUCAAUGUCUUUCAAAUCCCUUGAAGGAUGGGGCUUAGUUCUGAGAACCUUGUCUACCCUUUGUUGCUGCUCCAAGCACUUUGUGGCUAAUUUCUCCCUGCACCCUGCCAACCCUUUUACGAUGAUGACUGAAGUGGAGGGAAUGAAAUAGGAUUUCCUCUUGCUUCGAUGUAUCCUUGCUCUUUUUCCUCACAUGACCCUACUGUGUACACGUUCAGCUGUGUCCUUCCCUCCUGAGUGUCAUACGGGGGCGAUGAAGGAUUUAGGAAUACAUACACAUUUAGCUUCUUUCUGUCAGACAAAAGGCUGUCUGUUUUGUUUUUUUUUUAAAGGAUGUCCUGAGUGUAUUUGAAAAGGUAGCAUUAGGGCCAGCAGAAUAGUAUCAACGAGAAAUUUCCUGUCACAUUUCAAGAUAGUUUUGUGAAAAUCCUGUUUCAGUUUCUUUUCAAAGACACUUCCGUCUCUUCACAUGUGGUAACAGGUCUAGUUAACAGCAUUUAAGCAGAGUAGUGGCAUAAUUUAUAUCUUUUUUGUGUGAAUAUAUUAUUAUUAUUAUUACUGUUUACAGAGCACUAUCAACUAAAAGAAUUUUUAAAUCACUGAAGAAAAAAUAUUAUUUUUUAUCUACUAGGACGUUUGAGCUUGCUGGAUUCCUAGACUGUUAUUUUUGUUUGUUUUUAUGGAUAGAUUAACUUCUCCUUUCCAGAUGCAUGCUGGGAAAAAUGGGGGCGGCAGUCAACACUCGUCCACUCUCGUGUUUCUUCGGUAUCUUGAUCAGCGUGGCUGUGGUGGUGUUGGAAAUCCUGGGCAGUACCCGGUGCCAGCAGCAAGAAUAAUCUAGCUCACACAGCAAGGGGCAGAUCGGUUUUUAGAGGGCAGGGUUUGCUAAAUCAUGCUGGGUCCAGUGGAUUCCAUGUUCAAGCAAUGUCCUAGGUAUAUGAUCCUGGCUGAGGUUCUUAUCGGAAGAGUGGCUAGCAGGGGGGGGGGGGUUGUGUCUUGUGGGCAGAGCACAACUCAAAUAGGCUUCGGGGACAAUGCCACCGCCCAGAUUUAUUGCAGCCGUAAAGGUAUAAUGAGGCAAUUGUAUGAGUAGACCCUUGCUUUGGGGCAGUGAGAACUGCAAGGCCUUGACGGUGUCUACAGUCUCCCAUUCAGAAUCGACAGCAGCUCAAGUAGGGUGGAAGGGGAAGCCCUGGGAUUGGUGGAUGGAAAUAAUAAAAACAGACUUUGAAACUUGAGUUAAACGUUCCAUGUCGGAUUUUUGAAUCUCACUUCUUCUUUCUACCUGCCUCUGCUCCAGGCUUUGGGAGACGGUCCCCCUCUGCUCGACUUCUCCUUUGGGGAAUAGAACAUCACUAUACUAAAUAAUUGGAGAAUCAGUUCUUGGAAAGAAAGGGUAGGGUUGACUCUUCCCAUCUCUCACUCCCUCAAAUGAGACCUUGUUAUUGAGAAAAGGAGGAGUAAAGCAAGCCAGCAGGAACCAACUCAUUUGUUGGUUCCUGGGCUGUAGCUAGCUGGGAUGCGCAGAGCAGAGUUUACUUGUGCUGCCACCUGAAAAGUUUUUUCAACACUUGACAACUUGCAUAAAAAUAUGAACUGCCUACUGGAGCUGCCCAAGGCUGGUAGAGAAUGAGCGUGCAGUUCUAUCACGUGGCCAGUUCAGUUGUUUCCUUUUUCCCCUGUGUAAAUGCAGCCAAGGCGUUCAUCAGUCAUGCGUCUUGACACUGAGCAUCAAUGGGUGAGCAUAGAUGUGUGUGUGUGUGUGUGUGUAUUUUAGGGCCACGGUAUUAACAGAGCAGUUGACUUCAGCGGGCUUGCAAGAGUCUAACGGUUUAGGAUCAUGCUUUUAAUUGGUGGAGAUUAAUCAGUUUUAAAAACCUUUUCAUAGUCCAGAAAGAGGCCACCACUGAAUGAGGCAAUCUGUUUAAAAAAAAUAUUCAAUCCUUCCUCUUCUAAGAUGAGGACCCAUACAUAUCUGAAAUUGAAGUGCGUGGGAUUUUUUUCCUGUAAAGCAAUUGUUUUAUCCAUGAGCAGAGUUGUGCAGAUUUAACUAAUAAUCACUUAACAUGCAUAUGAUUAAUUGACUAAGAUUUCUUUAACGGAAUCACAGUCCUAAUAUAUAUAACUUUAAGAAACCUAGGACAUCAUUUAGGGUCUGCUGUAGUCUUCAUAUGGGAUCCUAGUAGGAUGCUGUUGACUGGAUUUGCUGGAGUCCGAGGUGAGGGUGGAGGUUUUCCUAUUAAAGGAAAGGCAUGGGAUGCAUGGUGGUGCCCAAUUAGUUUCUCCUAGAGCGGCAUUGAAUUGGAGAGGGAAAGAGGUGUUUCUCCAGCUAAUUCUCCCCAAUUUGCUUGCAAAAUUUUAACAUUUGUAUUCUUAAUUGUUUCCGCAUCCCUCGUGGAGGCUGUUGACAUUGGGAAUGUUGAGGAAAAGCUAGAGCUGUUAAGGUUGUAUACUUGGCAAGAUGGUCCUCAUCAUUACUGCCUUUUCUGCAGUUAUCAAAGAUUUAAAACGUUUAAAAUUCAUCUCCCCGAUCAGGUGCAAAAUAUAGCAUUACGUUCAAGAUUUUGAAACUUUGCCACUUGCUGCAGAACUUCAUUUCAACUCUAGCUGAAGACAUUGAAGAGCUCUGUGAAUGCAAAUUGGCCUCAUAAAUUUCUUUGGCUUAACUGCUACUGCAAUAGGAUGACAAAGAGCCAGUAGGACGGGUCAUUUCAUAGAAAAAGAGCUGGAGGAACUCAUUAGCAUAACUCAUUAGCAUAUCUCAUUUGCAUAUGCCACAGCCCUUGCCAUCACCGGAAGUGUGUCAUUAGCAUAACUGAUUUGCAUAUGCCACCCUCCCCCCCCCUGACAUCACCUAUCCUGGCUGUUUUGGACCCAAUCCUGGCCAUUCAGGGCUGAAAUUGAGCUCAAAAUGGCAAGAAGGGCCUGAAAAUGGCUGAAAAGCGGCCCAAAAUGGUCAGGGUCGGGCCGCUGCUGAGCAGGAGAGUGAUCCACCACCUGUCAGGGGCCCGAUCUGGGCCGUUUUGGCCCCAAUCCAGGCUGAAACAGGCCCAAAAUGGCUGAGAGUCAGGUGGGCAGGGCCACCUGAUGUGACCUCUUUGGGGAACUGCUGGAACUUCGUUCCUGUGCGUUCCCCCUCGAAAUGAGCCCUGGCCAGUAGGAUGCAUUCCCCUGCCGCCAAUGACUGGGACCAUUUGCGGUUCAACAGAAGGGAGUUUUGUGUGUGUGUGUGUGUGUGUGUGUGUGUGUGUGUGUGUGUGUGUGUGGUUUUAAACAUAGUAUCCAUCCCACUAUCCACUAAUUAUGCACUUGUGUGUGUAUUUGACAUUGCAACAAAAAAAAACAACCACCAAGGGUGGUCUUACUCUUCUUUGAAUCCCAAUUUAUAGAGAGAGAGACCCUCUGUCAUGUUUAGGUUCUGCUUAGCAUUUCGCUGUGUGCAUGGCAUUUUAAAUUUGGUCCACUCUACUAUACGCGUACUAUCGGGCGGGGCAAUUUUCAGGUUGCAUAAGGGCUGAUUGCUUGGGUUCCAUGACGUUACCGAGGAACAUCCCUUUCUAAGUUUCUGGAAAACCAAAGACAGCCUGCCUGACGUAUGUAAAGAAGGGCUAGUCUGGAGGAUGAGCCAGUAUUUGGUUUGUUGGGAUGCAAGUCAUUUCAAUUGCCUAGAUGAGGGAGAUAUUGUGGCUCAUUGGUCGAGCACAUGCCUUGUAUGCAAUCGUCCCUAGUUCAGUCUUUGACAACUCAAA